AUGCGCGCUCCACCGGUAUCGGCCCUCCCCCUCCUCCUCCUGCUCGUCGUCGCGCUCUCCGCGCGCGGCGUCGACGCGUUCUCCUUCUCCUCGCUUCGGGUGCCGACCCCGCGCCGUCGCCCCGUCCCAAACCCCGCGUGCAAGACGGUGAACACCGUGGAAGGCCUCGACCUGCGAGCGUACGCCACGCACCCGUGGUACGUUCAGGAGCAGCAGGUGGUGAGGUACCAGCCCCUCGACAACUUCUACUGCGUCCGCGCGCGGUACACCGUCGACGACGCCGGCGACGAGGUGGAGGUGCUCAACAGCGCCAGGCGCGGCGGCGUCGACGGCGACGACACCAACGCGCGAGGCACGAGACUUCGCGCGGUGCUGGAAGAUAAGGACGCCUCGACGUCCAAGCUGCUCGUCGGACCCGCGUUUUUACCCAGGUUCACGUACGGGCCGUACUGGAUCGUCGCCGUGUCCCCCGACGCGCCCGACCCCGAGCUCGGAUACGAGUGGGCGAUCGUCUCGGGGGGCGCCCCGACGCGUCUCACGGACCCAGAAAACGGGCUCUGCUCGACGGGCGAGGAUAUGAACGACUCGGGGCUGUGGCUGUUCACGCGCGAGCCGACGGUCGGCGCGGACGUCGUCGAGCGCAUGCGCGCCACCGCGAGGGACGCGGGGUUCGACACGUCGGUGCUGAAGCCGGUGACGCAGGAGGGGUGCGAGUAUCCGGAGUGA